AUGUCCGUUAUAAACUCACCAAGCAGCAUCAAAAAAGUGGACGGAUAUGUGGCCCACUAUAGAUCCUCCAUCGUCGGUAUCAGUCUCUCUUUGGGCUCGGUGGCCACCAUUCUCAUUGCUCUGCGAAUCUACACCUACUUCUUUAUCGUUCGCCGGCAAGGUGGCUGGAUAAUUCUGCUAGCAAUAUUCGCUUGGGUUCGUGAUACCGAGUACAACUGA